GGAAUCACGUUAAUAAUUGCGCGUUCCCGCAGUUUCCUCAUUGCUCACUUGCAUUUACUUUCUUCCAAUCGACAACGGAGAAAUCGAUCGGCAAGGAAACUUAAUCGUUCCCUGCUCUUCGAUCUUCCUUCACAUUCAUCAUUAACGUUAACUUAUAUCAGACAAGAAACAUGGCACUGAGACGAGCUCUGCAUUUUGUUUUCAAAGUUGGUGACAGGACCAAAACUGCCAUGUUUUACCGAGAUGUUCUGGGUAUGAAGAUUUUACGUCAUGAAGAGUUUGAAGAAGGCUGCAAAGCAACGUGUAAUGGCCCUUACGAUGGAAAAUGGAGCAAGACGAUGGUUGGCUUCGGGCCUGAAGACGACCACUUUGUUGCUGAACUGACAUACAACUACGGGGUGGGAGAGUAUCAACUUGGCAAUGACUUCUUGGGGCUCACUGUGCAGUCGAGCCAGGCUGUGAGCAAUGCCAAACGUCUGGGAUGGCCCCUAACUGAGGUAGGAGAGGCUCUGUAUCUCACCCAGGCUCCGGGAGGGUAUCCCUUCUACCUUGUGGACAAAGAGCAGCCUCCCACUGAUCCUGUGCAGAAGGUUUGUCUCGGAGUGUCAGACCUCCAGAGAUCGAUUCACUACUGGACUACACUUUUGGGAAUGAAGGUGAUGGAAAAGAAUGAGGAAAAUAAAACCGUGCUGAUGGGAUUUACAGACACGCAAACUCUUAUGCAGUGUAAGCUGGAGCUUCGUGAUAACAGUGGGACUGUAGAUCACGGAACAGCGUUUGGGAGAAUAGCAUUUUCUUGUCCACGGGAGCAACUGACGGACCUGGAGGCCUUAAUCAAAAAGGAAAAUCAUAAAAUUCUCACUCCAUUGGUCAGCCUGGACACUCCUGGAAAGGCCACGGUAGAAGUGGUGAUAUUGGCUGACCCAGAUGGUCAUGAAAUUUGCUUUGUGGGAGAUGAAGCUUUCAGGCAACUGUCCAAGGUGGACCCCAAUGGAAACAAACUGCUUGAUAAGGCCGUGGCUGAAGAUAAAAGUGACGAGUGGUUUGCCAAACACAACCGACAGAAAGCUGCUGCAUGAGAUGAAUUUAGGAAACAUCACUUUCAGUCUGUAUGAUGAGUCAAUCCUGCACGAGGCCCCUGUGGGUUAUAAAGACGCCUCAAUCAACCCUGUUUGCGUAGUACGAGAAUCAUUCUUCCCAGGAUUUGUACUAUUAUGCACAGGCGCAUUGACAGCACUUUGUGAAAGGACCACCAGUUUGAUUUUGUCGAUAUUCUUCCAAUGAAUAUUGCUCCUAUCAAUAAUGCAGAUAGGUGGGAGAAAGAUACAUUUAGAUCAACUUACUCUUUGCAAGUACACAGAAUAGAUUGUUGAAAGCCCUUUGGGGUCCUGCUAGCUUUUUACUCGUCACUGCAAUUAGUAUCAUAUAGUAGUAGAAAUAGUUACGUCACGUGAUUGACUUACCCUGUAUGUAAUUAUUCCUAAAAAUAAAAAA